AUGGCAGCAGCUGCUGCUUCGGCAUCCGGAAUACCCCCAAAUUCAACGGUCUAUGUCCAGAACCUUGAAGAAAGAAUCAAAGUUGAGGCGCUCAAAGAAGCCCUGACCGAAAUCUUCUCCGAAUAUGGCAACAUUAUCGAUCUCGUCGCAAAAACAAACCUAAAGGCCAAGGGUCAGGCCUUUAUUGUCUUUGAUAAUGUGGAUUCCGCCACGCGUGCGAUUGAGGAAAUCAAUGGCUUUGAGCUGUUUGAGAAGCCUAUGGUGCUGGACUAUGCGAAGACGAGAAGCGAUGCGACGGUGCUGAAGGAGCAGGGGGAGGGUGAAUUAGAGGCCCAUAAACGCAGGAGACUAGCGGAGAAGGAAAGGAAACAAGCACAGGAGGCCCUGGAGGCGCAGAAGAAACUGAAACGAGGAGUCGUUGCACCUGGAGGGGCGGAAGCUCGUCCUUCAAAGGCUGCCAAAGGCGCAGGCUUGAAACCUUCCAACGCCGCUGCUGCCCCAGUUAUACCGGAUGAAUACCUACCGCCGAACAAGAUUCUUUUCUUGCGGGAGAUCCCCGAUUCACUUGACCAGGACGGUCUUACUGCGGUCUUUGGGCGGUUUGAGGGAUUCAAGGAAGUCCGUAUGGUGCCCGGCCGGAAAGGGAUUGCGUUCGUUGAAUAUGAGGCGGAAACGGGUGCAAUCAGUGCCAAGGAAGCAACAUCUGGUAUGCCUCUGGGAGAGAAUGGGAAGCCUAUUAGAGUGACAUACCAGAGACAGUGA